AAGUUUAUCCUGGCUCUUGCCGAGGUCACAAUCUGUCAGGUUGUCGACCGACAUCGUGACCUGGUAUACUCACUUCUGAAGCUUGAUCCAGAACGAGAUCCACCUCUUGAUCAAGAGCUUUUUGGCCUGGCUGCUGCGGUAGCAGACCGUCUGAUCUUCUUCAAGAUGCUGUGGGAAUGA